AUUCCAAAUUCCAAAACCAAUGUGCUAUCUCUUCCUUUAAUUUAUUCACUUUCAAAAGCAAAGCAAUCUCUCUCUAUUCACCACCGCCCUAUUCCACCAUUAACCUUCAAACCACUUUCAUUUCAUCACAAGUAAAACACAAACAAUAACACUGAACGAGGUAACCUAGCAGUCACCUUCAUCUUUUCUUUUUUCAUCUCUCUCUCUCAUCUCUCUCUCUCACACAAAUGGACCAACCUCUUCAUCAUCUUCAAGAAACCAAACCCACCGCCAUCACCGUUGUUACCACCACUCCAAGCGAAACACCUAACACCAGCACUGAUAACAGCAAUAACAGUAGCAACAACAACAACACUAUUAAGAAUCGUAAAUGCAAAGGUAAAGGUGGACCUGAUAACAACAAAUUCAGAUACCGUGGUGUUAGACAACGUAGUUGGGGUAAAUGGGUUGCUGAAAUUCGUGAGCCUCGGAAACGUACUCGUAAAUGGCUUGGUACUUUUUCAACUGCUGAAGAUGCUGCUAAAGCUUAUGAUCGCGCUGCUAUUAUUCUCUACGGUUCUAGGGCUCAGCUGAAUCUUCAAACCUCCGUUUCUUCUUCCAAUUCUUCUUCUCAAAACUCUUUGUCUUCUUCCAAUCGUAACUCUUCUUCUACUUCCACAAAUACUCUCCGUCCUUUACUUCCUCGUCCUUCUGGUUUUUCUGUUUACAAUAAUCUUGUACCAUUUGGUGUUUACAAUAACUUCCAUCAUCAACAACAACAGCAACAACAACCGGUUUUCGAUAAUAACAUUCAUCUUCAUCAUCAACCACUGGUGCAAGUGCAACUUCAACAACAACAACAAUAUAAUCAACAGAUUCAAGAUUUUGAGCAACAUGCAAGUGGCGGUUCGACUUCUGUUAGGUCAAUUACCUCGUACCAGAAUAUUCAUGGUGUUUAUAAUGAUCAAGAACAACAUGCAGAAGAUGUUUUGAAUCAGCAACAGAUGCAGAAGAUUAAUAAUAAUGUUGAGAAUUGUGAUGUGGUUGAGGGAAUUAUGAGCGGUUCAAAUUUGGUGGGGUUAACAAGUUUUGAUUCUUGUCAAAAUAUUAGUACAAAAAUGGAUGGAACAGUGGUGGAUCCAGAUCCAGAAGGGGUUUGUGUUGGUUCUCCAAAUUCUAUGUGGCCUUUGACAAGUGAUUUAUGGGACUAUAGUGAUCCUCUCUUCUUUGAUUUUUGAGGAAAUAUUUAUUUAUUUUUAGUUAUUCCAGGUUUAUUUAUUUGAUUUUAAAUAUUUUUUUUGGUAUUGUUUUGAUUGGACUGAAUUUACUAUACUCAAUAAAAGAUGAUUUUAAUAAAA